AUGUCGAUUUUCGAUUUUUCAAUUGCUUUUCUUAUUUACUGUUUAAUUUUCUCUUUCUCUAUCUUUCUUUCUACCUCUCUUUCUCUCUCUAUUCAUCUUUCUCUCUCUUUGUCUCUCUCUUUUUUCUCUCCACUCUCAUUCAUUCUCUAUUUCUCUCUCACUAUCAUUCUCCUCACUCUCUUUCUUUCUCUCUUUCUCAUUUUUCUCUUUCUCUAUCUCUCUACUCGAAUAGUUGUCAUCCCCCCCAUUUCCUCCUCCUAUCUUUUUUCUUCAUAUCUUCUUUACUUUUCUUCUUCUUCUUCUUCUUCUUCUUCUUCUUCUUCUUCUUUUCACAAUCACUAUUACUACUACUUCUUCUUUUUUCUUCUUAUCUUCUUCUUCUUCCUCUCCUUCUGCUGCUGCUUCUCCUCCUCCUCCUUCUUCUUCUUCUUCUUCUUCUUCUUCUUCUUCUUCUUCUUCUUCUUCUUCUUCUUCUUUUUUACUACUACUACCAUACUUUUGCCGAAUUUCUCCUUAGUAUUUUUUCUCUACCUACACUUUCUUCCUCUUCUUUUUCUACUUGUGGCCAUUCUAUGCUUCUUUAAUAUUUAUUUUGCUUCUUCGAUUUUCCACUUUAUUGCCGUUUCUCUCUCACCGACAUUUAAUCAUUUUUUUUUCUGCCUUCCUACUUACUUUUUUUUCUCUGAAUAUCAUUUUAAUUUCUUUUUUUCUUUAAUUCUUUCUUUUUUUUUUCUUUUUUUCUUCUUCGCGUAUUUCUUCGUCAUCAUUAUUUUUUCUGUCCUUCUUUUCCUAGACAAAUACCACUUUUUUCCCUUCCUUUUCUGUUAUUGUCUUUUCUCUUCUCCGUUUUCUUCUAUCUCUUCUUGUUGCUCUUUUUUCUUUUCUUUUCUAUCAUUUCUUUUUACGCUUUCUUUGUGCUUCUGCAUCCUGUUUAUUCAUUAUUAUUUCAUCUAA